GAUACACUAGUUGCUAAGUGCAUUGCCAUUGCUUAAAUUGUGUAGAAUGUACUGGUUUUUAUAGGACAAUGUAAAAUUAAUUAAAAACCGCUUACUUGAAAAUUACACUGAAAGAAACUGAGUGAUCUUUCAGUAAACACUGCAGUUUCAACACCGUGCACCCUCUACACCACUGUCAUGCCUUUUGCAUUAUCUGGACCUGUCACCGGGAGCCCUUUGAAUCCAGCCUACAGAAAUAUCACAAAACGGAUUUCAUCUAUGCACCAACGUUUAUACCGAUUUCUUCAUAUACACCAAUCUACUUCACCGUACGACCUACAUUUGGCACAGUAACUAAAAUGUCUGACAACAUUGCGGUUCGGUGGUUGCGUCGCUACAAACUCUUCUUUUUCUUGGGUCUUCUAAUACUAGCUCUACAGGUCUUUCUUGCCUAUAAGUCUUUGAACCUAUCUAAUUCCAAUGUGAUCGCUGUAAAUACAAAUGCGUAUUUGGAAACUAAUGAUGUGACUGAGACUAAUCAUGAAGGUAAAAAGCGUUCUAUUGCUAAUGGCGGUGCAAACCAGUAUUCUGCCAGUGAUGAUGGGGACGCAAAUGGUGGUUUACAAAAAAGAAAAAAAUCGGUUCGCCAUAUUGAUGCCAAUCUGCAGUGGCCGGAGAUUGAUCGCUUUGGCAUUCAGCCUAAGUGUAAUAUAUCUGCUAAGGAGGCUAUAUCUGCAUUACAACGAGCCAAAACUAUAGAUUGUCGUAAGCAAAUUGCCCAUAUCGCAUGUACCAUCCAGGCAGGGAAUUUUUAUGCAGAGCAUUUGGUCAGCCAUUGUCCCGCUGGUAAUCAUACAGCAAAUGCUUCCCUUGGUUGUUAUCAGGACGAAAAAGAAUAUCGGCUGCUAUCGGGUUACUUCAUCAAUUUCAAAACAACCAACUCUCCACAAAAAUGCAUACGGUUGUGCCUUCAAUCGGGAUUCCCUUAUGCUGGCGUUCAGUACGCUACAGAAUGUUUCUGCGGCGCUAAUCCGCCGCCUUUAUCAACCAAACUGCCUGAUACUAGUUGUAAUAUGAAGUGCUCUGGUAACCUACGAGAGAUUUGUGGCGGAUAUUUUAGUAUUAACGUCUACGAAACAGGAAUUGCCAAAUUCACACCGCAUAUCGCUGAAACUAAAAUUACGAAACCAGAGAUUGCGCGAGUCCGAAUUGCAUUCUUGUUGACUCUUAAUGGACGUGCUCUACGACAAGUGUAUCGGUUAAUUAAAACCCUCUACGCUCCUGAUCAUAUAUUUUACAUACAUGUGGAUGCGCGUCAAACAUACCUGUACCGCAAGUUGCUGGAAUUAGAAUCCAAGUUUUCAAAUAUUCGUUUAGGCCGAAAACGUUUUUCUACCAUCUGGGGCGGCGCCUCUUUACUGACAAUGCUACUGCAAUGCAUGGAAGAUCUAUUGGCUGCAGAAUGGCAAUGGGAUUUUGUUAUAAAUCUUAGUGAAAGUGAUUUUCCAGUAAAAACACUAGAUAAACUUGCUGACUUUCUUACCGCGAACAAGGGAUAUAAUUUUGUGAAGAGUCACGGACGUGAAACUCAGCGAUUUGUGCAGAAACAAGGUUUGGAUAAGACAUUUGUGGAAUGCGAUACACAUAUGUGGCGUAUAGGUGACCGACAGUUACCCAGUGGCAUUCAAAUCGAUGGAGGUAGUGACUGGGUGGCACUAUCACGACCAUUCGUGCAGUACGUAAUAACUGAGUCCCAGUUUGAUCCCCUACUACAAGGGCUUCUAACAAUUUUUCGCCACACAUUACUGCCAGCCGAAUCAUUCUUUCACACAGUCCUCCGUAACUCGCGCUUUUGCAACACAUACAUAGAUAACAACCUUCAUGUGACGAAUUGGAAACGAAAACUCGGCUGUAAAUGCCAAUACAAGCAUGUAGUCGAUUGGUGUGGUUGUAGUCCGAACGAUUUCAAGCCGGAAGAUUGGCCUCGGCUGCAAAGUACCGAGAAUAAGAUGCUUUUUUUUGCACGAAAAUUCGAACCGAUAAUAAAUCAGGCCGUUCUAGUUCAAUUAGAGGAGUGGCUUUUCGGUCCACAUAAUAAAGAAGUAGUCAAUUUACAAGGCUACUGGCAGUCAUUUUAUGAUUAUCUCGAUCCGCCGACUACAGAAGACGAUUUAAUGCGUACCAUUGGCGAUAGUUUAGUUCGCAUAGCAUCACAUCAUAUACAGAGACGGCCUGGUCGUCUAUUAGAAUUAACGCACUACUUACUCAAAGAUGAAUAUAAGGGUUUCUUACUGCACUAUCAAGCUACAGAGAGCUUGCAUAACCUCACACUCGCGUUUGAAACCCGAAUUAGGCCAGCAGUGUACGUAAAAUAUGCGAAGAAUUCCAAGCUGGCAAAGAGACUACGUAAUUUCGAAGUUAGUACUGAUUUCGAUCUGAAAGAACAGGUCGCCCGUAAUUUUGCCAAAAUGUUAGGCCCAUUCUCUGAGCCUGUAGUAAGUUUUACAUUAACCGGUGCUGGUUCGAUGGCGCAUAACGAUGCAGCACAUUCGUACAACCUAACGCUACUGUGGAUUGAUCCGCUGGGCCGUUUGCAGGACUUUAACGAACUGCAUAUAGAAGACUCGCAUACGGACGCUAUUAAUUACUCCAAGGCUGUCCUAAAGCACCCACUAAUGCCGGGCGUGUGGACUGCCAAGUUAAUUGGGCGUACCGCAAUAUAUGCACAAACCAAAUUUCUUGUUGUGCCAUUGUCAAAUGCAGGUGGCAAGCCUAUCACGCCAGAGCGAGCAAAAAUUGUAAAUGGUGGGUCUGAGCCAUCAUUGACUGCAGAUUUCGAAAUACCAGCCGAAUGGCGUCAAAAUUUGCCAACACCAAUGGAUAAUCAGAGGCUCAAUAAGGAGCUCGCAAAGGCGCAACGAAAUGGUGAAGAACUCCGAUUUUGGAUUGACGAGCUGGUGGGUAAAUUUUUCUUUUUGCGGGAAACUUGCGUUGCUGAAGAGGGUACGCUUCAAAUGAGCCAGGAGCCUCCACAUUUGUGUCGGGAAACACCGUGGAGUUCUCUGGCACCCGAUCCGAAAAGUAAUGUUUAUACUUUGCUCAAAAGUUGAUGAACGUAUGCGUUUACGUUAAUCUAAGUUUUUUUUUUUUAUAUAUACUAUAUUUAGUGUUUUGCAUUUAAAGCAGCUUGUAAUUCAUAAACGAUAUGUACAUAUUAUUUACAAAUAUAUUUAGUAUGAUCGCCACAUUAAUGCCAUAUACCAAAUAGUAUAUAUCUGUCCUUUUGUAAUCAAACCAAAGGUUGCGAUAAUUGAAAAUUCAAUGAUUCAUAAUCAACAAUUGCUUCAAAUGUUUUUGUUAUAGUUUUGCAAUUUUAAAUUGCAUAUAAAUAAGUGUAAAUGUAUUUAUAUAUUUUCGAGCACGUCUUUUAAAAAUAUAGUUAAUUAGCCAAUUUUUUUUUCAAACUCGAAACGCAUAAUUUUAUAGAAAAUAUAUAGUUGAGAGAUUGCAACAUAUUAGGGUGGUGCAUGGUGUUAUAAACUCAGUCUUGGUAAAAAAUACGUACAUAC